AGACUCAACUUAUGUGACAUUGGGUAUAAGGCUGUGGUCCACUCUCUCCCUAUCAGUGUUCUGGGACCACGUGAAGAUGCUGCCAUGUCUUCUUGUCUUCUCUGCUGUGGGUCUCGGGGCCUGUGGUUCUCCCACCAUCGUCUCCCGCAAGGAGUGGGGGGCGAGAUCACAGACCUGCAGGGCCCAGCUGACCCCACCUGUGGCCUACAUCAUCACGGACCAGCUCAUGGGGAUAGAGUGCCAGGAGCUGAACGUCUGCAGCCAGGAACUGCGGGGCCUACAGUCCCAUUCUGUCUAUACCAAAGGCUGGUGUGAUGUGGCCUACAACUUCCUGGUUGGGAACGAUGGCAGGGUGUAUGAAGGUGUCGGCUGGAACAUCCAAGGCGUGCACGCCCAGGGCUACAACAACAUCUCCCUGGGCCUCGCCUUCUUUGGCAAUAAGAUCGGCAGCAGUCCCAGCCUUGCUGCCUUAUCAGCUGCAGAGGGCCUGAUCUCCUAUGCCAUCCAGAAGGGUUACCUGUCACCCAGGUAUAUUCAGCCACUUCUCUUGAAAGAAGAGAGCUGCCUGGCCCCUCAACAGCCAGUGAUGCCCAGGAAAGCUUGCCCCAACAUCAUCACGCGGUCAGCUUGGGAAGCCAGAGAGUCACACUGCCCCAAAAUGAACCUCCCAGCCAAGUAUGUCAUCAUCAUCCACACUGCAGGCACAACCUGCAACGUAUCCAUGGACUGCCAGGUUCGAGUCCGAGACAUACAAUCCUUCCACAUGGACACACGGAACUUCUGUGACAUCGGGUAUCACUUCCUGGUGGGCCAGGAUGGUGGUGUGUAUGAAGGAGUUGGCUGGCAUAUCCAAGGCUCUCACACCUACGGAUACAAUGAUAUUGCCCUAGGAAUUGCCUUCAUAGGCAACUUCAUAGAAAAGCCACCAAAUGCUGCAGCACUGAAGGCAGCCCAGAACCUGAUCCAGUGUGCCAUGGUCAAGGGUUACCUGAGUCUCAACUACUUGCUUGUGGGGCACAGUGAUGUUAUCAAUACUCUGUCUCCUGGGAAGGCUUUGUACAACAUCAUUAAGACAUGGCCUCAUUUCAAACACUGA